AUGUCCUUGGCCGACUUUGAGGACAUUCGGGCGCUCGGGAGCGGCGUCUACGGCGACAUCUACCUCUGCAACACGCGCGCCACCAACGACGUAGUAUGCGUCAAGCGCAUCCCUCUUCACGACUUGUCGCCCACGCAACGCAAUCUGUGCUGGAACGAAGUGCGGGUGGCGGCGUCGCUCCAACACCCAAACAUCGUCCGCCACCACGAUGCGUUUGUGGACGCCGAGACGCUGGCGAUCGUCAUGGAGUUUUGCGACGGCGGCGACCUCGCAGAGUGGCUCUACGACCACCGCGCCGAUGCAUCCGAAGACAAGCUUCUCCUUCUGUUUGUUCAGAUGGCGCUCGCCGUCCAGCACAUGCACGCUUCGAACGUCCUGCACCGGGAUCUCAAACCCAAAAACAUGUUUGUGUUUGAGACUGGGCGCCUCGUCGUCGGCGACUUUGGCAUUGCAAAGUGCCUCGAGUCGUCGGCGAGCCUCGCAGAGACGCUGAUUGGGUCUCCGGCGUACAUGGCCCCCGAGAUUUUCGAGGGACAGCCCUAUGGACUCAAAGCCGAUGUGUGGGCGCUCGGUUGCAUUUUGUAUGAGCUUAUGACCGGCCGCUGUCCGUUCCGAGCGAGCUCCUACCCGGCACUCGUGCACAAGAUAUCAGCCGGCGACUACGACGCCUUGGCGCCCACAACAUGCCGACUGCCCACGCGCCACUUGAUCGCCGCCAUGCUUGCUCACGAUCCCAACGACCGCCCGAGCAUCGAGUCGAUUCUGACUUUGCCAUUUCUGCAGCCAAGCCUCGACGAGUACCUCGCGCUCGCCCCAAGCUACUUGGUCAAGCUCCCACCCACGUGGCUGGACAGCCUUGUGCUUCAGCGGUCGUCGCUCGUCCCACCGCCAAUCGCAGCGCCCGGCCUCGCCGUCAACCGCCCCGAGACGAUCGCGGGCGAUCUCAAGCAGUACGUCAAGGCGAAACACCUCGGUGAACACUCGCUCAGCGUCGACGCCAGGGCCAUCGUACAGCUUCGGGCGAAGCAAACCGCCCAGCGCCAGAGCAGCAAAUCCAAAAAGGGCCAAAAGUCGCCGCUGCCGCUGCCUCUCUGCGACAUCCACCUCCUGGACGCGCACAAGAUCAGCGUGCCACUCGCGACGCGCAAGCCCAAGGCCCGGUCCCCAGGCAAGCCAUCGACGCUGCCGCCGCCACCCCCGAUCGGCGUCCGGUCGGUGUACCCGUCGCCUGUCGUGCUCUCGCCGCGAAACAACAACCAGCGAAGCCCGGUGAAGCUGCCGCCGAGCUUCCUCGUGAUUGGCACGCAGCUCACGCCGCCCAAGGAGGCCCAGCUCAGCGCACCUGGUCGCGUCGCCGCCUAA